AUGGAGUCUCCAAACCAUCCUGAGAGAGGUCCCCGGGAACCGAGGCCGUCCACCUCGACAUUUUUGUCAGAGUCGAGUUCCUCGGAGGACGACGACACUGGGGAUGAGCUAAUCCCCAACGAUGACUCAGCCUCGGACAUUGAUUAUGAGGCCCCAAGUGACGAUGACUUAGACUUCGUCUCACACUCGUUGGACUCGACAUUCGAUAGUGAUGAGCCUCUGUCCGUCCACGUCAAUAAAACAUGGAAUAGCAACGCUCCAGGGACCCCAGACUUUAGGUGGAGGAGGAGGGAGAAUGUACCCAGAAAAUACAGUUUUUCUGGUACACCAGGUGUCAAGGUUGACUUGGCCGAAGAUUCGAGUCCGCUUGCAGUCUACAGGGAGUUCAUCACUGACGAACUUAUUGACUUCAUAGUGGAAGAGACGAAUAGAUUGCGGAGGCGAACGAGACCGGACCGAAGACGGCGAUGGACCCCAAUCACGAGUGCCGAGCUCCAUGUUUACCUUGGGCUCCGGCUGCUGAUGGGGAUAAAUAAGAAACCUCGGCUGGCCUUUACUGGUCGAGGAAUCCAGGGGUGGCCAUGCCAAUUUUCCCGUCGACCAUGCCUCGCGAGAGAAAUGAGGGGCAACUUGAAGAGGAUGGAUCGACUGUGGAAGCUGAGGGAAGUCAUUACCAUUCUUGGCGAUCGAUUUAGGAAGGUCUUCACCCCGGAUAGGCAUAUAUCGAUUGACGAGUCAUUGUGGAAAUUUAGGGGUCGCCUAAGUUUCCGCACUUACAAUCCGAGCAAGCGGGCAAGAUUUGGCAUAAAAGUUUAUAAACUUUCAGCCAGCGACGGCCCGUGUGCGGGAUACACUGCCGUUUUCAAGAUAUAUACUGGCAAGGAGCAGGGGUCUCUACCGUCCUCCCAGAAAGCGGUAGUAGACCUGAUGGAGGAGGGUGACUUCUUCUGGAAAGGGUACACCGUUUUCGUCGAUAACUGGUACACCUCUCCAGUAUUAUUUCAUUUUCUACAAUCCAGGAAGACUGGUGCAGUGGGGACUGUGCGCCUGAACCGCCGCCACAUGACCCGUGAUUUGAAGGUGCGGAAGCGGGGGGACGUGGACUCCCGUAGUUCCCCUACCGGCAUGUUGGCGUUGUCCUGGAUGGAUGUAAAGCAGGUAAAUAUGCUUUCUACGGUCCACACAUCACACACGGUGGAGGUUCUGCGCCGUGGAGGUUCGAUGGUCUCCAAGCCAGAGUGCGUCGUUGCGUACAACGACGGAAUGAAAGGAGUGGACUUGGGCGACCAGCUGGCUCAGUCAUACCCUUCAGUGCGCAGGUCACUGAAGUGGUAUAAGAAGAUUUUUUUUUAUAUUUAUGACUUGGCUACUGUAAACAGCCACUCUGUUUACAAGUAUUUGGGAAACAGGUGCGAGCAAAUAGAUUUUCGCCUCGACCUCGCCAUGUCCAUUAUCAACAGUUUCCUCCCUGACAUCGAGCCCUACAGUGCAAGAGGGCGCCCGUCAACGCUGCCUUCUCCUUCCAGGUUUCAGGGCAGGACUGCACAUAUUGUAAGGGAGACGCCUGGAAGGAAAUACAGAAGAUGCUUCCUCUGCUACAGGGCCGGAAGGAGGAAGAUGACCAGAACUGUGUGUCCGGCAUGCGAGGUGUCGCUAUGCACCUACGGGUGCUUUGAAAAGUACCACUCGCAGAAACAUUUGACAUAA